AUGCCUGCUCUUUCACUGUUUACAAAUAUCUCAUUUCGUUACCUUGGUAAUGACCCACAUGUUGAUAAACAAAUAGAAGAGUUCAUUCCAGAGGACAUUUUCGUGACUUCCUCAGACAGAAGAAUAGCGGAGAUAUGUAUUGAGCUUACCCUGUGCUUUCUCAUGUCCUUGGUUGGUAUGGUUACAAAUGCUCUUGUUAUUGUGGUCUUCGCAAAACAAAAGUUCAAGGACAGUAUCGCCAUUUCCAUGACAGCAAUUGCUAUGUGGGACUUCGUCAAAUGUGUCGGCUGUGCCUUGCAAAGAUUUUCAGGCCCAAUCAGUUUAUGGAACCCAGCAGAUGCUGAGAGCUGGUCUAAUAUUUCUAUUGUUGUUUUCACCUUGUACACCUGUUUCGCUACUUAUGUCUCUAUUGUUCUUGCCGCUUAUGUGGCCGUUGAGAGGUGCGUAUGUGUCAGUUUACCACUAAAGGCAAAAUGGCUGAUCACACGCAAAAGCUCCUUUAUUAUUUGCUUUGUGGUUUCUCUCGUCGUUUUCGGGUGGUUUUCUGUCAUGUUCUGCGUCUACGACAUUAAAUGGGUGUACAGCUUCCACUACAACCGAACUAUUGCGAUCUACAUCAACAACGACUUUUUUCACCGAAACAAACAGCCGGUGUUUCUGUUCUACAACCUCUCCGGGGUGAUUUUGCCUGUAGUGUGUUUUGCCAUCAUCGUCCUUUGUACUGGAGUAAUCAUCUACCAUCUCCGGAAGUCGUCAAAGUUCCGGACAGGAAGUACACAGCUGCAGUCCCAGAAUUCCGAGAAGCAGUCACGAAACCAGAUCUCCUCUAGAGACAGACAAGUGGUCAAGAUGCUGCUGGUUAUCAUUGGUGUCUACGUUGUCUGUCUAUCCCCAAGAAUCGCCGUCUACAUGGCCAAAUAUUUCGUCUACGAUUUCUACUUUCUCAGACGACUACACAACUUGUUCAUGAUAUUCUUUUACGUGGUAAUUACUUUUGACUUGAUCAACGCAGUUAUCAACUUGUUCAUUUUUCUGGUAAUGAGUUCUUCAUUUAGAUCUACGUUCUUAGAAAUAUUCCCGAUUUGUAACCGGUUGAUUCACGCCAAUAAUGAAAACACUUCAACAGAAAAUCGAAGUAAAAAAGGCAAAUAA